AUUUCAGUCUUUCUAUUUUAAAAUUGCACAUAUAAUGUUCAGUGCAUUACUUGUCGUUUCUUUGUAAUUAUUUGUGGAUUGUAUUAGCAUUUCUUAGUAAAUCUUUUUAGUAUGCUGGUCUAACAUUUUAGGUCAAAGGCUUGUGGUUUAUUUGGCAAAUAUUGAAAACCAAUAAAAUCAUGUUUCUCAUGUUAAAAUGCAUUAAUUCCAGUUUCUGUGAAUUUUCCUACAACUAUCUGAGCUGACUUGGUGAAAACAAACUUUUUUAGUGAUGACCAUUGCAUUUUAACUGUUAAUGUAUUCAGUGCUUAAUUCACUGCACUGAUUUGUGAAGCACAUUCAGGGACUAAUUGUGUAAAUGUGGUGUGUAGGUAAGCAAACACUGUAAAGCAACAUAAUUUAACACUGAUUAUAAUUAAGACUGCUUGCAAGCACAUUUAUCUCACUGUUUGUGGUAAAUUGCUCCAGUCUUUGCUCUCCAUUAUGAGUUUCACCUACCAGUUUUCAUGUGUUUUCUUCUAACAGUUGGAGAGCUCCAGCUACUGUGUUGGAUCAGAGACAACGUCUGCGGCUUCCGGGCCAUGAGUGGUUUUAAGUGCCAGGAUGUGGAAAAACAAGGCAUCAAGCUGCCAAAAAAAUGGACUGAUCCCAAUGAAAAAAUCCCCACAGACCGUACGAUGGUUGUUAGGGGAGUUCUGGGAGGUGGUGAUGCUUCCGAUCCCACUGGGGGUCCGUUGAGAAAACGGCGUCAGCGCUAUGUGGAAAAGGACGGCAAGUGCAACGUCCACCACGGAAACGUGCGUGAAACCUACCGUUACCUGACGGACAUCUUCACCACACUUGUAGACUUAAAGUGGCGCUUCAAUCUGCUGGUCUUCACGCUGGUCUACACCACCACCUGGGUGUUUUUUGGCUUCAUCUGGUGGCUCAUCGCCUACACCCGUGGAGAUCUGGACCACGCUGAUGACAAUGAGUGGACGCCGUGUGUGAAUAACCUCAAUGGCUUUGUCUCUGCGUUCCUUUUUUCCAUCGAGACUGAGACUACCAUUGGUUAUGGGUACCGCGUCAUAACAGACAAAUGCCCCGAGGGCAUCAUCUUGCUUCUGGUGCAGGCCAUCUUGGGCUCCAUCGUCAAUGCCUUCAUGGUGGGCUGCAUGUUUGUCAAAAUCUCACAGCCAAAGAAACGUGCUGAAACACUCAUGUUUUCCAGCACAGCUGUGAUAUCCAUGCGGGACAGCAAGUUGUGUUUGAUGUUUCGUGUGGGGGACUUGCGUAACUCACACAUAGUGGAGGCCUCCAUCAGGGCCAAGCUCAUCCGCUCUAAGCAGACAAAGGAAGGAGAAUUCAUCCCCCUAAACCAGACGGACAUCAACGUGGGUUUUGACACGGGGGACGAUCGCCUGUUCCUGGUUUCGCCGCUGAUUAUUUGCCAUGAAAUCAACAAGAACAGCCCCUUCUGGGACAUCUCUCAGGAGCAACUGGCACGAGAAGAGUUUGAAAUAGUUGUCAUUCUGGAAGGAAUGGUGGAGGCCACAGGAAUGACAUGUCAAGCCCGAAGCUCGUACCUGAAUUCAGAAGUGCUUUGGGGAGAACGUUUCACCCCUGUGCUCUCGCUGGAGGAGGGAUUUUACGAGGUGGAUUAUGACACGUUCCACCACACCUACCCUGCACCAACCCCUUCCUGCUCCGCUCGCGAGCUAGCAGAACUGGCAAAGAAAGGGGAAGCUAUACCUUUGCCCCCUAUUUCACCUCCAGCAACCCUGGGAGAGCCCCCAAGCCCAGAGGAGAUGCCUGAGGAGGAGACCAAGGCAGAAGAAGAAGAAGAAUCAGAAGACACUGUUAGCAAUGGUGAUGUGAACAGAAUAGAGUGUGUGCAAGAAUAAGUUAACACAUUGCAAUCUGAAAUCUUUUGCUGCCUCUUUGUGGCAGACGGAAAUAUACGGAGACACAAAAACUCAAUUCAGCCACAUAAACUGAGGAAUAGUUUCAAAUCUAUAGGCCUGUAGGUCUUCAUUUUGUCAUUGACCCCAUGCUGGUACUGUUAACUGUUUUCAAGAAUAGAACGAAAGUGCAUAUGGUAAAGUUUUUAAACUUCAGGCGCCAAACUGCUUAAAUCAGCUUGAAUCUAUCAGCUUGAAUUGAAAUGCAGUUUAUUUCAAUAAGAUGUAUAUAUUCGCAGCUUUGUACUGAGUGCUUAACAUGCUAAUGAGCUUGCAUCAUUGCUUUUGAGGUUUAUAAGUGUUUCUGAAUCCAGUUUAUAUAUAGCCUAGAGAUUAAGAUUUAUUGUUUCAGAUGGUGCUUACUGCUACACUGCAGCAUUUUAUGAAGCUUGUUUCCACUACAGGAUAACAAAACAAAACAAAAACAAAAAUGGGGAAUUGCGAAUUUAUCUCACAACUCUGACUUUUUCUCUUGCAAUUCUGAAAAAAAAAAAGAGGUAUAAACUUGAAAUUCUGAGCAAACAAACAAAAAAUAUUCCAUGAAAAGAAAAUGUAUGGAAACUUGUUUCUGCCAUGGGAUAAAAAAACUAAAUUAAAAAGGUAAUUUUGACUUUUGAUUUGACCUUUUUUUUCUCACAGUUAUAAGAAUAUAAACUGAGAAUUACGAUAUAUAAACUCAUCAUUCAGAGGGGAAAAAAUAAUUUUGAGAUGUAGUGAGAUAAAAGUCUCAAUUACUUUUUUCCUUUCAUUUUUUUUUAUUCUGGGGUUAAAAAAACU